UCUGUUAGAGAUAAGAAUUCGAAGGGAUCGCAGGGUCAUCUCCAAUAGUCGCCGUUGUAUUAUAGUAGAUUCUAAUAUUAGGCUGAACUUUAUAAUAAGUUCUUUUUAGAGAAAAAAUCUGUUUCGUAAAGUGAUUAAGCGUAAUAAGUAAUGACACAUUUGCUUUCGUUUCGUAUAUUUGGUCGAUACAUUCAGAUUUCGUAAUAUUCCCCAAAAGUUACACACGAGGAAAACAACCAUAAACGAGCGAAGAGGACCUGCUCUUCAUCCUUCUGUGUCUGUUUUGCGGGAUUGAGUCGGCAGAAAGCGUUCCCUCUUCAAUCCAGUGGCGGAUAUUUAUGGACCACAGAACGAGGAAGAGGAUCCGUGAAGCAAAGUCAAGAGCAAGACCGGAGCUGGGCUCGGAUAAGAAUGGAUGGUGUCGUUAUAACUUUGCACAAACAUUUGACCUUAGUCUUCAGACCGUAAAGGACAAUGUGCCUCGAAUAGAUGUUACCAAGACUACCAAAGAGGAGUUCAUAGAGGAAUAUGAAGCUCCAUACAAACCUGUUGUACUUGUCAAUGCAACCAAAGAAUGGCAGGCCACAAAGAAAUGGACAAAACAGAGGCUUGCAAAAAAAUAUCGUAAUCAGAAGUUCAAGUGUGGUGAGGAUGAUGAAGGUUACUCCGUGAAGAUGAAGAUGAAAUACUUUGUCGACUACAUGAACAAUAAUGAUGAUGACAGUCCUCUGUAUAUUUUUGACAGCAGCUAUGGAGAGCACUCAAAGAGACGAAGAAUGCUAGAGGAUUAUUCUGUGCCGAGGUUUUUCCGUGAUGACCUGUUCCAGUAUGCCGGUGAGGAACGGCGACCACCUUACAGAUGGUUUGUGAUGGGACCAGGUCGCUCUGGGACAGGGAUCCAUAUCGACCCUUUGGGAACCAGUGCCUGGAAUGCCCUGCUGGAGGGACACAAAAGAUGGUGCUUGUUCCCCACAAACACUCCCAAGGACAUCCUCAAGGUUCAGACUGAAGAGGCAGGCAAGCAACGAGAUGAGGCCAUUGCUUGGUUCAAGUUUGUGUACCCCAAGACUCAGCUUCCUUCCUGGCCAAAAGAGUUUAAACCAUUGGAGAUUCUACAGUGCCCAGGAGAGACUGUCUUUGUACCUGGAGGUUGGUGGCAUGUCGUUGUCAACCUUGACGAUACCAUUGCUGUUACACAGAACUUCUGCAGUGUAACCAACUUUCCUGUUGUUUGGCAUAAAACUGUACGAGGCCGGCCAAAACUCUCCAAAAAGUGGUACCGCACACUCCAGAAAGAGAAGCCAGCAAUAGCAGCCAUUGCUGACCGCGUAGACCUGAGCCAGCCCACAGGAUUUAAUUCUGACAGUUCUAGCUCCGGCUCCUCUAGUUCUAGUUCCAGCUCUGAGUCCUCUGAAGACAGCUCGGACUCUGAUAGGACAAAGAAAAAGAGACGUCGGACAGCAAAAUCAAGAUCACGUUCCAUCACACCCAACGGCAGUAAGCGUCACUCACGUUCAGAGGAUAUGAGGGGUCAGAGGUCAAGGUCAUAUUCCUCAUCCAGCAGUGAAAGGACAAGUCACCGAAGCAUAUCCAGUACACCAAAAAACUCGAGAUGACCUCACUAGGCGUCACUUAGUACGCUGUGGAUUUUCUUAUAUUUCGUGCACACCGAAUCAAAUAAAAUCAAGUUUCUGCAUUUAUACGUGAGGAAAGGAUUGCACAUUACGCUCAUGUGUAUGGAUAGCCUUAUGUUUAAAUAAUUGAAAAAUGAUCAUGUGAAACUGUAAUUCACAAUUUAGGCUUUGUGCUCAUUUAUGCAAAUUAAAAAACAUGUGAAUUAUAAGAAAUCUACAGUAUGACAUGGUACAAGAGUCAUGUGACCAAAACAACACAAUGAAUUAUCAGGAUUGUCUGUGUGUUCCAUCCACCAACAGUUAUGUGAUGUUUCGUGUGACACAGUCAUGUCGUUUAAACUGUUACCUGUGAAGUGAUACUGUGUAUUACUGAUCACAGAUCAUCACGCAGGUCUGAGAAACGGUUGUUCUGUACUUUAAUAAUAGUGCUGAACAGGGAUUUGGCUUUGUGCCUUGUAUGCACAUUUAUUGGAGCCUGGUGGUUAUGUUAUGGCAUCAGCUUGCAUAUUGUAAGCUGUAAAAGUAAAAACAGAUCUACAUACUGUAAACAUUUCUAUAUACAUUAAUUUAUACAGAGAUGUAGAGUGGAAUGAACAAUCAUAUACCAUGAUUAUUUUCUUUACAUUACAUUACAGGAUAUACAAGAUAUUUGUGAUUCAGAAUACAAUUAAUUAUAUGAUAAAUUGUUAAUGCUGUGCUUUAAGAGCAGGCAGCAGGUACUGUCACAGGUUGGUGGUUUUCCCCGGCCUUUCUCCACUUGGCUCAUCCUGUCACAGGUUGGGGGUUUCCCCGGCUUUCCUCCACCUAGCUCAUCCUGUCACAGGUACGGGGUUUUCCCGGCUUUCCUCCACCUAGCUCAUCCUGUCACAGGUUGGGGGUUUCCCCAGCUUUCCUCCACCUAGCUCAUCCUCAAAUGACCAUAGCUGAAAAUAGGAUGUAAAACACAAACAAACCAAACCAAACCAAAUAAUUGCCAGUGCAGAAAGUGCUUCAUUGACAAAUAACAGUAGGUAUGUUUACAGUGAUGUAGGUAUAGUGUGGUACACUUCGACAAAAGUGUGAUCUCAAUAUAAAUAUUAUAUAACCAUUGUUUUUUUUUGUAGUCGAGAUUACUGUCUGUUCAUUCCAUGCAUUUCAUUGACUUGGUCUUUGAUAAUGUUUCAAAGAAUAUUAACUCCCUGACUAGUCCUAGGAAACAUUUAUACGUAAAUACAAUAGAAGUUGCCUUAGGAAAAAAGUCUAUAGCUUUGACUUAUAGAAGUAAACACUUUACAUCAAAAAUAAAAUGUCCAAAAAAAAUUAUGAUUGAAGUAGUGUUUGUUCCUUGUCAGAAAUAGAUUGUUUUUCCCUAUAGAAUUUUCAUCAAAGUUUUAUUUUUAAUAUUUUUCUGGGAUGAGAAAACUGAUGUAAGAAUUACAUUGUGCACAACCUCAAUAAUUGAAUUAACGUUUUUUAAGUGGUAUACAAUAGAGGUGCUACAAAAAGGGACACUUGGUCUACAGUUCUCAGACACAGUGUCUGUUGUGUGACUAGAGGCUGAUGUCAUGCUGCCAAGUAAACUCUGAAGUGGACCGUUAUACAGUGAAUUAUGUCCUUUGUCACUUGGAACGUCCUGUGUAAGAGUCAGUGGACAAUGUCACGGUUUAUACAUGUCUAUAGGAGACUAAUGUGUGGCAGAGCAGACUAUGUCUUAUAUGGUACAGUGAAACAUGUUAGGUGGUGUAGGAUGCAGGUCAUAUGUGGAAGAUCUGGGCUGUGGACUGGGUCAUGUUGUGUCAUAAAACCAAAUAAUGUGGACUAGAUUUGAAGUUAGAUCUGAACCACUAUUUUUUAGGGGCCGCGGUGGCCAAAUGGUUAAGGCGUCUGACAUUCUGCUACCACUAGCUCUCCAACCACUGGGUCGUUGGUUCGAAACCUACGUGGGGCAGUAGCCAGGUACUAGCCGUAGGUCAGUGACUUUCCUCCACCACCAAAACCUGGCACGUUCUUAAAUGACCAAAGCUGUUGUUUUUUUUCUCAAAUAUUUUAUUCCCC